CGUCGACGCCGCCGCCUUCCUCGCCGCGCCUGCCUCGCCUCGCCUCGCCUUCCUCGCCGCGCCGCGCCCCGCGCCCGCCUCGCCGACCAUGUCCGCGCCGCAGCUGAGCCUGGCGCCCGUCAAGGAGCCGCUGGGCUUCAUCAAAGUGCUGGAGUGGAUUUUCUCUAUCUUUGCAUUUGCCACCUGUGGAGGUUACAGUGGAAAAACCUCCGUCCAGUUAAAGUGUACUGAGCAGAACCUGACUUUAGAGACGUCUUUUGCCUACCCUUUCAGGUUGAACUCAGUUUUCUUCAAACUUCCAGAGCAUAACAAAUGCAACCUCACCUGGGACAAGUACUUCCUGCUGGGGAACUUCUCCUCCUCCGCGCAAUUCUUCGUCACUUUUGCAGUCCUUGUGUUCCUGUACUGCAUAGGAGCUCUGGUGCUGUACCUGGGUUACUUGCACUUGUACCGGAAUGGUGGUAAACUCCCCCUGAUCGACUUUGCUGUCACGGUACUCAUCUCUUUCCUGUGGCUGGUCAGCACAUCAGCCUGGGCCAAAGCUCUCACAGACAUCAAAACAUCCACCGGCUCCUUCAUUGUGACGGAAAUGCCUGGUUGCAAGAAUCCAGGGGUGUCAUGCCAUUUUAAUGAGAUCAGAAGCAUGGGGCCCUUGAACGUCUCUGUGGUCAUUGGUUUCCUCAAUCUGAUUCUGUGGGCAGGAAAUGCUUGGUUUGUCUACAAGGAAACGAGCCUUCAUGCUCCUCCAGCAACUGUUCCUUCACACCCUUCCAAUCCCUCAUCUCCUUAGGAGAUGCAAAGAGCACGAAAGCCACCCACACGGAGUGCAACGUCUAACUGCAGGGUGGUUGCUGCCAAGCCCCUCUCCAACCCCGCCUUCACUCAGUUCUGCAAUUGAUGUGCAAAGAAAGAUGGAUUUUCUUUUUACUCUUAAACCCUGUAUGCAAGAGGAAGCAAGACAGGGCUACGCUUUGCCCUGUGUGCACGCAAGAGGAUCAUUCUACUGUACUGAAGCUUGUUGUUUAAAUUGAAAAUAAGGACAACAUGCUUCUUGAUUAAGAGCUGGACACAGCCGGCUGUCAGGCAGCCUUCAGGGGUUGGCUUUCCAGCUGGUGCCAGACCAACGCACACACUGACUGGAGCCAAGUCGUACCAUUCUGCCUGAGUAUGUUUCCUCGGAAGGGAGUCUCACUGAGUUGCUUGAGGCUUACUUUCCCAGCAAGCGUGCCUUAGUUCACCCAGACAAAUGCCUUUGUCUGCUUGCUGGCAGGAAUUGUACAUAAUGCUCACGAGUGCAUACUUUCCUUAGGUUACACUACUGUCAAGGGGACAGUCUAAAUGCUUGCUUCAUAACGGGCUUCUUUAUAUGAGGCUUUUAAUCUACCACUUUACCUUGGCUUCUGCUUCCGGAGUCUUUGUGGGAUUAAGAUCAGCUCCUGUACACAUGCUUUUUUUGCUGUGGCUUUUCUUUCUCUUCAUUCCUCUCUGUUCCUGUACACAAGCAUGAGGUGGCGUUGUGUGGCGUAAGUGCAGACAUGCAAGUAUGUUAUGUAUCUUAAUAGUAGCUCACUUUCUUCACUCUUAAAAAAAGCAUGGAAACCCUGGGAAGCACAAGAAGCCCUGGAGGAGGCUGGCAUCCUGUGACGCACCUGCGAGUUGCCACAAGUGGGGCCUCCGGGUGCGCGGGAAAUGCCUGGUGUGGAGAAGCCUGGAGUGGAGCUCCAUCCAGCCAACUCUGGCAUUGGUAACGGCAGGGAUUGUAGGGCCGGGAUCUGAAAUGUGGUCCUAUUGGACUCCUCCCUUGGUGCUUGCCAAGUUCCCUUUCCUGAUUAAACAAACAAACCAAAACAAACCCCUCAAGCUUUUUUCCAAUGUUUUUAAAAUCUGGAAAAACAUGCACUGGGAAGCUGCAAAGCAAAGCAAAGCACUGGCCUCCAGGGUCAUGCUUCUCUCUGAGGAUGCCUCUGGGUCCCAGAAACCUUCUUAAACAAUAGAAAAGGAUGGGCUGGCCGUGGCAGUCCAGCACUGCAUUUUGAAGAGUCCGGCUGCCCAGACAUAAAAGGUAAGCUGGAGGAAUGGUAGGGGAAACCGUGGUGCUUGUGGGAGUCACAGGGAGUGAGGGAAAGCGCGAGGUGAUCUGUGUGUAUGAUAGCUUGCUUGGUUUCGGUGUAGUGUUGUGUUUUACCCAGGCUUUGCAUGUGUGUUUGUGUUUAUGGUUCCCAGUAAACCUUUGCCUAGAAUUAGUUGGAUGUGUGUUUUAAUGGACUUUCACCUGGCAGGGGUGAAUAGGUCAUGCCUGUGUGAAUUUUUGGUGUGGUUUGGUGGUGUGGUGAAUGUUUUGUGUGUGGGUGUUUCCCUGAAUGUCACCAGUUUGCCUUCUGUGAAAUGGGUACCCUGUUGUGUUUGCGGACACAAAUACGCAGUUUGGCAUUUGGGGCUUCUGCACCACUUCUGCCUUGCACUCAUGUCCUUAGCCAAAUUAUUUGUCAUUGAGCCUUAUCCAUUGGCCUUCUUCAAAAUGGGUAUUGGAGUAGAAAACAGUGGGCUCAGAAGAGUGAUUUUGUAUUUUGGAGCUCAGAUGCUACUUCUGCCUUGUACAUAGGUGCUUGAGCAAAUUCUUUUAGUUCCAGGGGAAAGAGUGUUUUGUGGUUGGCCCUGCUCACCAUGACAGCCAACAUGGGAAUGAGCACGCCUCAUUUCCACUUUAGGGAAGUUAAUUGGGGACCUGAUGAUGACCAGAAGCUUGGGAAGUCUGCACAAAAUAAAGCAUUGGACAGAGAUCUCAGCAACUUAAAACAGAAUCUAAGAUUCCAGCCUUUAAAUAAAAUGUUAAGUUCUAGCCUUUAUGACUGGUAGUAUCUGAGACUUUGUGUAGAAUAAAAAAACUUGGCUAUAGAAUGUCCACAUUUUCUUUCCUCCAUUUCAUACCAUUGAGCCUUUUCCACAAACUCUUCACAAAGCAGCUGAAUACAGAAUGUAAAAUUCUGCGAUAAGGGGGGGAGGGGGACCGUGCCAGAGAAAUAACACCAUUUGCAAAUUGUGCAAUGGCAUGCAAAAACAAAUCUGCAAAUUCUCAUUAUUUGGUUAAAUUUCCAAUUGAAUUUUUGCAAUUACAGCGUUUUGAGGAUGUGAGCUUUUUUGUUUUUUAGCACAGUGUUACAGAGCUCCUGAUUAUGACUGAGUUAUAAAGUUGCAAAAUUGUCAUGAACUCAUUCAUCCUCUGUGUAUGUAACAGUGUUCUGCACAUUUCAGUUCCUGAGAAUCUGUUUAUUUAAGAAGUCAAGCUUCCCAUUAUCAGUGUUGCAAAUAUCAAAAACUAAGAGGCAGUAUCUCAAGGCUCCAGACCUCUCAAGCAGAUCUGUGCUGUGUGGCUUACAGCUCCCUUUUGUUAUGAUCUGUAAUAGCCUCCAUUGCUAUUGCCCAAUAUCCAUUGCCACUUCAUGCGUUCAGAGGUGAUUUUCUGCUGUUAUUUUGCCAAAAUACUGAAAAAGGUGUGAAAAUCAACAGUGGAUUCAAAAUAAAACAUGUAAAUUGAAAAAAAAAUGGAAAAUAAGUACAUUGCACUUUUUUCAUUGAUGCAUAUAAUUUGACAGCAGUCAUAAGAUUACUGUCCAAUUAAUUCAGGAGAUUUCUGCUGUGAUCUCUGCUCAUUUAGCUGAAGUUAUGCUUGUCCAACAGGUUUGCACUUCCCCCGGUUACGUCUUUGCAAUAUGUUGAUUCAGUAGGACUUGUGCUUCAAGGUUUCUUAAAAACACCUGCUUAAAUCUAAAUGUAUUGUUACCUUUCUUAAGAGCAACAGUAAAAAUGACCCUCUUUAGAUAUAUGGUUUGUAGGUUUGGAAGUUUAACACCUGGCAUCAGCAUUUUGAUACCCUGUUUAAUUAACUUCACAUCAUUUAUGUGAAAAAUAGCAUUACAGCCAGACUAUGAGAGCUUAGUGCCACCAUCCAUCUUCACGGGGGAAGAGUCACUUCUGUAAUGGCUAUGCUCAGACACAAUGAUUAGCUGGGGAUCCUGGAUUAUUGUGUAUAAGCAGCAUAUCCCUGCAUGGUGGCUGGUCACUCACACUGCAAGCAAGGGCCGCUAAACACACCUCGAGGCAUGGCUUGUGUGUUGGUGUUGUAACUGCAAACCAGGAAUGCUGGCCUAUUUCUUUCCAAAAAAGGCAGAUUCAUAAUCCAACCACCAAUUGGCUUCUGAUUUGAUAAGAAAAUGUACUUUGAAGAGAUGACUUGCUUUUCUUUUUCUGGGAAAUCACUGCAGCACUGAAUGAAUAUAUAUUCAUAUAUAUUUAUGCAUAUAUAAAUACAACAGGCAAUUUAGCUUGCUAUUUUUGCUUCAACAAUUUGAAAUGUGCUUUGAUUCUAUAAAUUAAUUCAGUGGUUCUUUCCACCAGCCCCUACUUCUUGGGAAGAAAUCAGGGUUCUAUCCAGUGUUAGCCCUACUCGAAGUAAAGUACAAUGAGAAUUAAAUUACACUACUGAAUACAACUCUCGGAAGCCAAUUAUUGUCCCCAAUGUGAAGUGUAGUGGGCUGAUUUGCUGUACUGGAGUGCCUGUAGAGUUCUUGUAGUCCAGUGUGAAGCGGGAGAAGUGGAGGGACAGCUGUUACUCCGUGUCACAUCAGAUCAGAUGAUCCUGAGUACUUUCCCUUUCAAUUCAGUGCUUGACCCUAUGUACUUUUAACUAAAGUGAAACAAGGUGAAACAAGAGGAACAAAUAGGACUGAGUCCACUUAAAAACACUUAAAAUUCUACAAGAAAAGCUAGACAUGUGCAGCCCUUAGCACUAUAUGGCUGUUCUUUCACAUAAUUCCAUGGUUUUUAUUAUUUCGUGUAGUUUUUGUUCUGUUAAGCGUUGGAAGGAAUGGAACUCCAGCAUGCGUUCCAAAGUCUACAUGAGCUACCCUUCUGCUUUGUGAGAUUCCAGCAGCCGUGACAUGCAAGCAUGUUUUUGCAAGCCAUAAACAUGGGGAAUCUUAUGUGUUGUUUCAGGGAAAGCCGAGAGACUCAAUAAUCUUGGAGUUGUGUCCAGCAUCACAUUCUGUGCCCCUGCAUACCUGCAAACCUGUUUGUCAGGUGUUGAAGUAAAAUUUAGGACUACCAACCCCCCCCCAAAAAAACCCCCACACCCUCACAUAAAUAGAUGUCCAGUUUUCUAUGUUUACAUGAAGUCACUUUUCCCUUAAUUUAAGUAUCACGAGCCCCAAAAAAUGAAAAUUUAAGAAAAAGCCACUUGAUUUUUGAGUCCUUGCUUGACAAAUACCCAAGAACAAACUUUUCCAAGUUCUUUGCUUUCUGUCUUUUGUAGGACUAACAUAAGGACCUAACCGCCGCCCAAUAACUUCAAAUGUUUUGUUUAGAGUUCCCAUAUAGCCUUUCUGUUCUUUGUUCUUUGUGUUGAAAUCUUAUCCUAUUCUCAGGGUGUCUAGGUAUCUGCUCAGUGCUGUCUCAGCAGUGGGGCACAUGCUCUCAAAGGCAGAAUUCUAAGUAAGGCUUUCUAUUAAAAAGUUUCCAGUCUUUCCUGUGCUGCAUGUCCCCUACCCGUUGUUUCUUACUUCCUGUAUAUACAUAAGCACAAUGCAUGGCUUGAUGAAAACAGGAAUGCCUUGUCCGGCAGGUCGGUGCCUUUCAGAAGUCCGUGAAGCCCUGGCUGGACAUGCAUAGCAGCACUGUGCUCCUCUCAGGGCUCAACAGAAGCAAUUCUGAGGUCAUCUUCUCCCCGUGCACCUCUUUUACUCCGCCAUCUUUGGAAUGACUGGGCAAGCAAUGACUCUGCAGGCUGGGAACGGCAAGCAAAGUUUCCCCCUUUCUUGGCCUUGCCAAUGUGCUUGGCCUGCCAUCUGCUAGACAAGAACAGGCCUUGCUCUGUUCAAGCUUCUUACUGCUCUGAGUUAUUACCAAGAAGUAAUUUCCUUCUUUGGUCCGAUCUUGGUAGCAUUAUGCCCACUGCAUUUUCCUGAUAUUUCGGGAAAUCAGGAAAGGCCUUGCCUUGCAUAUUUCGGGGGAUGGAAGGAAAUUUAGAGGGAAUUUGUGGAAAACACAUGGGUGCUCUCCCCCUCUUCUGGGUGCCAAUUUGAACCCCGUCCUCAAAUGCCUCUAAAAGCCACUAAAUUGAUGUAAUGCUCAGGGGGAUUGUGGGUUUUUCAAAAUGGCAACGGGCAGCACAGAGAGUGUGGAAAGUGCUGCUGAGUUUUACCUCCACUAGUCAUCCCCAGUACCUUCUGGUGGCAUCAAAUGGGGAAAAAGUGCGUGAUACAGGAGGAAGGAGAUGCCGCAGAAAUAAUAUUCAGCAAACUAGUUUGCUAUUUGUGAAGGAAAGCCCUGACAGUAAACCUGCAAAGUGGUUGUGAUAGAUAACUCCUCAGUCUGUGCUCCUUUAAAACACUGGAUGAACUUAUAACCUGAUGUGACUAUGCAAAUAAAUGCACAAACAAUUACUCUUUUCUUAAUAAUGCUGAAAACAAGAAUGUUUGGGGUGGGGAGAAUGCUGAGAUGAAAUACAGCUAGCUUCCUAGCCCUGUUCCUUCAUCUUGGGGACGUGUUAUAACAUCUCUCAGUUUUACCACUUGAUGAUUAGAUUGCUCUUAAAUCACUCCAGAUGUGGUUAACUCAAGGAAAUGUGCAUUUUAUGUUCUCUUGUAAAGCAGCCUUGCUGUUUGUCAUCUAAACCAUUGAUAGGGGGUUCUGUAUGUUAUUUAACUAUGGAGUGCUAUUCCUGAUCCAUUGAGUAUUUCUGAAAUUAAAAGUGAAGCUAUCUCUUGCUUUUUGCUAACCCUAAUGCUUAAUCUGAAGUGGGAGGAGAUGGUGGCCAGAUGCAUUUGUUAUAAAAAGGCACGUGCUAUUUUCUUCCUGUCUUAUCAGAAUUGUUCAAGAAGCAUGUAUGUGUUCUGUACACAACCAGUGUAAUAAAACUAUUUGCUCACUGGA